UAUCAAUCUUCCAAGAUCCGUCAACAGGCUCGAACAACAUCACAUCGACUAGAGGACUCUGCUAAACAGACGCAUUCUUUGCGGAAUACCCCAUAAUACCAAGGACCAUUUCAAAUACCGCCAUGGGUUUGAUCCUCCAACGAGUCAACGAGGCGCUCGACAUCAAUCCCACCCCGGGUAUUGAGGAGCAGCUCAGCGUCAACGGCUCCAAUUGGCUGUGGACUUGUGUAGCCAUAUAUUCUGUCUUCUUCCUCGGCGUCUUCGCCCUCUCAUGGAAACCUCGAGGCAACGAAAAGGUCUUCCACUACCUCCUCAGCAUUGCCCUACUAGUCGGCGCUAUCACGUACUUCUCCAACGCCUCCAACCUCGGCUGGUCCAUCAUAACCCAGGGCACGACCUCCCGCUCAGGUGCCCCACGGCAAAUCUUCUUCAACAAGUACAUCAACUGGGUCGUCGCCUUCCCCAUCGUCAACAUCCUCCUGGGCCUCGUCGCUAACUCGUCCUGGGCAACUAUCGUCUGGCACGUCUUCCUCUCCUGGGUUUGGGUUAUUAGCUACCUCGUCUCGGCCUACACCCCGUCGGUCUACAAGUGGGGCUUCUUCGUGUUUGGCACCGUCGCCUACCUCGUCAUGGCGGCGUCGGCUUUUGCCGAAGGCACCGUCGGGGCGAAACGCGUGGGAACUCAGGGAGACUACUGGAUCCUUGCCGGGUACUUUAACCUCCUCUGGCUCUUGUACCCGAUUGCGUUUGGUGUCUCUGAGGGCGGCAACACCAUCGGCGUCACGCCUCACUUCAUCUUCUUUGGUAUUCUGGACGUUCUCAUGAUCCCCUGCGGCGCCGUCGUCUUCUUGAUGCUGUCCAGGAAGUGGGAUUAUAACGCUUUAAACCUUUACUUUACGCAAUACGGCCGGGUCUCCCAGGGCGGAUACUUCCCUGAGAAGUCGGCGGCUCCGGCCUCUGCCCCAGCUGCGACCCCAGCUGUUUAAGUUGCUAUUGAGCUUGAGCAGCACACUGUAUGGUGUCGUUUGACUGAAGUCUUCAUCUCAGGGGACAGUUUAUCGGCCCAUUCAAGAUGACCGGUAGCCUUUGCCUAAUACCAUACUAUUCUCGGCCAUUAAUAGGUGAUCAAUGAAGAAAACAACAAAAAGGAAAUGAAGCAUGUUCUUUUACACAUGAUCCGGAUGGAAUACGGAUAGGAAACACCCUCAUUCGUUUGUUUCUUUUCAAGGAGUUGAAGUUGGAUGAGAGGGUUUGAUAAUGUGUAAUGAAGUAAUUUGUUUGCCUGAUAUUUACCAGCUCUAGCAAUAGGUGAUUACACUUAAUAAUAGCGCGCUCUUUAGUCAAUUUUACUACUCUCUCUUGUAGCUUUGUGCAAUCAACAAUUCAAUCAGAGGUUCCUUCUUCU